AUGGUAGAAAAACUUGAAAACACCAGUAAAAAACUGGAUCCAGAAAUCGACAUCAACAAUGCAAAGUUAAUAACAGACAAGCAACACCCCGAAGUGGAAAAAGGACAAGCAUACAAAGACAAAGAAACUCUAAAGAAUGUCCUCAGCUACUACGCAAUCAAAAACAACUUUCAGUACAAAGUGUGGAAGUCAUGCUCUCAAGAGUACAGUCUGAAAUGUGUUUACGAAAGCUACAAUUGGUCACUACGAGCAUCGAGAAAUGGCCCAACAAACACAUUCAUAAUCAGGAGGUUCUCAAAUAUGCACACAUGCCCCAUAAAUAUUAGGCAUGAAGACCAAAGGCAAGCAACAUCGAAACUGAUAGGGGAAUGCAUAAAACCGAAGUUCUUGAACAUAAAGACAAAGGCAACACCGAUGGACAUAAAAGGGGAGUUGAAAUACAGAUAUGGCAUCAAAAUGAACUAUAUGAAAGCUUGGAGAAGUAAGGAACAUGCAGUAAACGACUUGAGAGUUAAUGCUAGUGACUCGUACAGCCUAAUACCGAGUUUCUUACACAUGGUGGAAAAAACAAACCCUGGAUCAUUUGUCGAUCUGAAACGGUAG